CUUCAAAGACGCGGCCGGCGCGGAUCCUUUUUUCUCUUUCGGUCCGAUGGCGCCCUGAUGGCUGCCUCAGGAGUGAUGGGUGAGGUGGAGGAGCUCAAGAAGAACGAAUGGAUCUACUCGCACGUCUACAAGGACUCGCGCCGCCCAGGCGUCAUCGUGACGGAGCGCUUGGUGCUGCGGGAGAAUGGCCUCUGCAGGUGGAGCCGGUUUCUGGACACCAACGACCAGAAGGGCGUCAAGGCGCAGGGGGAGUUCUGGCGCCGUGAGGCCGUGAAGACCGUGCGCUUCUCCACGAGGUUCGGGGACCCCUCCAGCGACUUCUCCCUCUUCGGGGAGCGCUCGGCCGUGAAGCAGCGCGCUGCCUUUGUGUGGCUUUGGGACGUGGCGCCGGUGCUCACGGUCUGGCUGUCCCUGGCGCUGAACCCGCUGUCACUGCUGGUCUUCAGCACCGCGGCGGUCUGCGCGGUGACCUGGGAGGCCUUCCCCUGGGACGGCACCCGCUACACCAUGUCCCAGGCGGCGCGGCCGGAGCCGCUGCUGUGGGCCGCAGCCCUGGCGGCUGUGACCUUCCUGGUCUCCGUGGCGGCAGCUUGGUGGCUGCGGCUCGGGGGCAAGCACGUGGCCAAGGAGGAUGUCUACUCCUCCAUCAGGCCUCACGCGACGGCCAUCAACCGCUGGCAUUGGCAGCGGCCUUUAAACGCCAUCUUCUUCGGCAUCUUUGGGCUAUGGUGCAUCUUCCUCUGCAUCGUCUGCCCGAUCUUGUCGGCGCAGGGCCGGCGCAACUCCACAUGCCAGGUGGGUGGUUGCGAGAGUUCUCCGGGUGUGGUGGACGGCACCUGCGGGGUGGGCAGCUGCAGCUGCGGCCUCUGGGCGGAUCUGCACUGCGCUGCCGCGGCGGAGAGGUACUGCGCGGCGGUGGACUCCCCGCUCUGUGCGGAGGACAGCUCGAAGGCGAGCGGCGCCCACGGGGUGCUGCUCUUCACCUCGGCCGGCAGCGCGGUGGCGCUGCUCUUUCUCUUCGCCGUGUGGUGCCUGAACCACCUCGCCAUCCUCUUGGCCUGGCGCCGGGGCGAGUCGGACAUGAACCCGGCCCUGAAGCCGGACAACCUGCACUACAACAAGAUCACCGUGACCUUAGAGCCACCUCAGCGCGGCACUCUGGUCUUUACCGUGGCCGCAGACGAGGAUGUGGGCGAGCUCACUCGGCUGCUGCUUCCGGAGUCUAGUGUUUGGGCGCCGCCCUACCCGCCCAUCACCACGCUGGAGCCGCUUUGGCCCGGGGACGAGGAUCCAGACCUCCUGCUGCGGAACCCCACCACCACGCAGAUCCCCGCGGAUGUCCAGUGGGACUGAGGCGCCCGAAGCCACGUCUCGGGCGUGUAGUGAGCCACCUGCAAACCAAAUGUGCGACGUUUCACUAGUGCAUGUGGAAGGAUUGGUCUCACCAAGAUCUCGUUCAGUUC